CCUAACCCCGCCAAUACCUCCCCUUGGGUUACAGCUCCCCCAAAUAAAUAGCUUCUCAAAACAGAGCCACUUUUUAGCCCUCUCUUUGCAGAAUCGCUCUCCCAGCUCUAAAGCUCCAUCCCUUACCGCCCAAGUUUCGCCAGUUUCCGAAACGGCGGUUCGGUUUGGUUACUGAGAUUUGGAACGCGCGUUUUUUCUCUUGGCAGAGAGAAAAAUGGAUCGGUACCAGAAGGUGGAGAAGCCGAAGGCUGAGACACCGAUAAACGAGAAUGAACUGAGGAUUACAGCUCAAGGGAGAAUGAGGAAUUACAUUUCUUACGCUAUUACUCUGCUUCAGGAGAAAGGUGCCAAUGAGAUUGUGCUUAAAGCCACUGGCAGAGCUAUCAACAAGACAGUCAUGAUUGCUGAAUUAAUUAAGAGGAGGAUUGUCGGUCUUCAUCAGAACACAUCAACUGGAUCAAUAGACAUAACCGACACAUGGGAACCACUAGAAGAAGGCCUUCUUCCCCUAGAAACCACCCGCCAUGUUUCAAUAAUCACAAUUACAUUGUCAAAGAAAGAGCUGGAUUCAUCUUCCAUAGGAUACCAACCACCAAUCCCAGCUGAUCAAGUGAAGCCAUCGGCUGAGUUUGAGGACAAUGAAGGAGGCAAUGUCAAUGGUGUGAUGGAGCACAGGAAUGGAGGAUGGGAUGGUGGGCGAGGAUAUGUAGGCAGAGGUCGGGGUCGUGGGAGGGGACGUGGUUUCCGUGGACGUGGGAGAGGAGGGUAUGGUGGUGGAAAUAUGCAGUGGGACUCAGGAUAUUACAAUGGUAAUGGUCCAUCAGGACCAUUGCCUGGCCAGGGUCGUGGUCGUGGACGUGGGAGGGGAAGGGGACGUGGUCGUGGUCAAGGUUUCAGAUCCGACGGUCCAUUCCAGAAAUCCGCUUGAGCAUCUAAGCCUUUACCGUCAGCAGAAUUAUGGUUUUAGGUUUUGAAACAAAAAGCCCUGGACGCCUCCUUUCCGUUCAUCGUCAGUCUUCAUUUUAGUACAAAUGGUUAGACAUUAUUUAAGGCUUUGAUUGGAAAGUCGAGUUGUAGGGACCUCUUUAUAAUAUUUGUUUUGAUUUUGUAGGCCGCAAUUUUUGUAGGAAAGUAGUUGGUAGGAUAUUUUAUCACGCUCUGCCAAUGUUGUACAAUUUCUACAUUUUCUCUUCUUUUUUUUAUUGAAAAUUAUUUUCUUCGAAA